AUGGAGAGUCCAACAUCAACGGCACGAUCUCCAGAAGAUGAGCUCAUUUUCGAGAAAUCCGCAAAAGUCAAACAAUGGGUAAAGAACCGAAUGAAGGAGCUCGAGGACCAAAACGAACGUUUACGAUUACAAAACCUACGAUGUACGACACAGCUGCAGAUGUUGAGAAGUUUUACUGAGAAAAGCAAACAACUGAAAGCGGAAAUGGCGAUGAGUAGAAGUAUUACGGGAACAUUGCCAGUGAUGCGGGACACUGAGAAUCGUACGUCGGAUGAUUCGGGACUUACAAGUGACGAUACCAGUGAACGACGUCUACUAGGAACCAGUGCAAUCGAGUCAACACCGAGGCAACAGAGGAAACCAGUUCGACUACGGAAAGAAUCCAGCGAAGGAGACAAAGGUUCAUCCACGUCGGAUUCAUCUCCGUGGGAGGAGAAGGCGAAACCGAUUCCAGUACCGAGGAAAAUCACCGGCAACAAUAAUUUCAUGGAACGAGACAGCUUGAAUUCGUAUGCUGAUGACUAUGAAUUUGACGUUGAGGAUGAGAUUUUUGAUGAAAUCGGUUCGCCAGCUGACAAGGAGGGGAAUCAUAAAUAUAGCGGUUAUGUGAAUCUCUCCGACUUUGUUGCAAUCCGUGACGAUAAGAACAUCUACAGUGACAUCGUGAAGUCGUCCAACGAACGUCCAGCACUUCCAGAGCAUAAACCAAAGGCAUGGGAGUCGAGACUGCUUCACUUAGCCACCGAAUGCUUGUCAGUGAGUGAUUGCGCGGCCGAGUGCGACGUCCCAUGCACCAGCGCAUCGCCACACCAUUCGGCUAACAACCUUGGGACAGAUUCUCCGGCCUCGAGACGCUCCUGCAUUAGUAAAUUGUCCGUGCGCUCCUCUCCUCGUGCUCUGUCCUUAUCGUCGGCGUCACCGAUCACUCCCGAAGGUCUUUACGCGAUCCGAGAUGUCUCAUUGGAAAAACGAAGCGACGACGGCUAUUACACUCCACCAGAUGCUUCACGACAUAGCGGUGACAUUCGAACAUCACUUAUACCAUCAUUUGAUACGGUGGAAAAAAGCGGAUACUGGAAUCAGAUGUCAGAUUCACGUCUGAAAUCGUUGAAAAGAAGAUAUGUAGUACUUAAGAAUAAUCAACUCAGCUUCUAUAGGACAGCCAAACAUAUUACGAAGGGAGAGGAUCCGCUUAUGAAGAUUGCGGUUGCUGAUAUUAUUUCUGUGGCAAAAAUUUCACAGCAAGGAUCAACCUAUGCAUUUCAGUUAGUCACGCAAUCAGCUAAGUACCAGUUCAUGACCGACAGCGAACGGACCACACACGAAUGGGUCACCACCCUCAACGCCGUGAUCAAAGGAUCAACUAUUCGUGAUUUGGCCACUCGUUGUGCCCCGGUGGAAGCGUCGAUCAGCGGUUGGAUGACGAAAGUCCGAUGUGGGCAUUCGAAACGAGUAUACGCCUCAUUAGUUCGACACAAGCUUAUGUUUUUCAAGAGUGCUGAGGAUACGGUUCCUUGUGGAUUUACACAGUUAAAAGGAGCUCGAGUUAUGGACAAACAAAAAACCUCCUCAGAUGAAUACAGCGGCAGCAGCGACGAGCAGAACACUGAAAAAAGCCCACAAACGCAGAAGAAGGACACCUACAGCCUAAGCAUAGAGAUGGCCAAUGAGGAUCCGUUGUAUAUAGUGUUGAGAAGCAGCGAGGAAAAAGAGAAAUGGUUGUAUUUUCUGCGAGCAGCGAGUGGCGAUGCGACUUUGUGCGGUUCACCUUUUGCCGUUUUGGUGCAACGAAUGUUAGCUGAGGGUGGAGCGCCAGAUUCUCCUCUGUGGAAGGACCUAUUGUUGACUUCAUGUGACGACACCCCCAAGGAAACGCUCAUGGAUUUUGAUGGAACUGACAAAAAGAAGGCACUCGAAAUUGCAAAGGCAACGUACCUUUUUGUCUCGGUACUAAUGCGUCCAAUUGCUGCCCAAUACCAUAUUGAUCUCGCACAGAAUAUUCUGUCUACUGCCAUGCAACACGAAUUCCUUCGCAACGAGGUGUAUGCGCAACUAAUUAAGCUGACAAGCGGCUCAAUGCCCUUCUCGCUCCAGGGCUGGAAAUUGCUGGCAAUGGCGAUUCCACUAUUCGUCCCAACACAGUACUCACUACUUUGGCUGCUGAAGAAACACAUCGCCCGUUGGUGUAUGAAGACCGGCGACGAGUCAAACAUGGCCGAGUACUGUCAAUGUGCGCUGGAACGGGUGCUGCGCGUCGGCGGACGAGAGGCGGGCCCGAGUCGACUCGAGACCACGUCGGUCCUGACGCGAGAUCCCACAACCACCAAAUUCCCGCAUUCGAUUUCGGUUCGACUGCCAAAUGGACAAUAUCAGGUGGUCGAAUUCGAUGGUUCCACAGAAAUCGGUCAAUGUCUUUCGUCCUUGUGUCUGAAGCUUGGGAUUCGGCCAGCUUUGCUUUCCGGCUAUGCCCUGUACAUUGACGAUCCAACAACGAAAGGUCUUCAAUUGUUAAAGGGAAAACAAAAGCUUUGCGAUUGUCUUUAUGAAUGGGAGGUCCGACAACGGGAUGUCCUCCGUGGUCGAAUCUCCGCUGAUUGUACAGCAACUCUAUCACUCAGAAUGCGGCACUACUGGAGACAUUUGAUAUGUAACGAGACAGCGAUGGAGCGAUCUUUUUUGGUGUGGCGAAUGGCGGAUGAAUUGGUUUGCGGGCAGAUCCCAACCAGCCCACAGUUAGCAGAACAGUUGGCCGCUCUUUAUGCACAGCUCUCCUAUGGUGAUGCUCCUGCGCAAAUCACUGAUGAACAGUUUUCUUUUAUUACCAAGCAAUUCUAUCCUGCAAAAAUGCUCGAUGUGUCCUGCUUGAAGUCAUUAAGAUCAUCGCUUCAUUCAAGCUGGAGUGAGCUUUGUGGUAUGGGUGAGGUGGACUCCAUUAGGGUUAUCCUUCAGGUCCUGCGAAAGUGGCCGCUUUUCGGUUGUCAUCUCCAGGCGGCUGGCAUGAGGACUAGCAAUGAGCGGAAAGUUUUCCUGGCGUUGGCGGAUACCGCCGUCCAUGUCAUUGAUCAUCGACAUUUUGAUGUUAUUCGGUCAUUCCCUUACAAUCGCCUAGCGUCUUUCGGUGGUUUUCACAACGAUUUUAUGUUGACAGCCGAAAGAGUGUUGUUACCCGAAUCUCAUCCAGAAGAAACAAGUCGAGAGAGGGUGACUUUCAGUAUGGAAAAGCACGAGGUCGAGCAGUUGACACUUCAUCUGGCUGAGUACAUACGUUGCCAAAAACUCGUGUGGAAAGUUUCUAAGUAG